AUGACGCUCAAGGAACUAAUUGUUGGUGGUGGUAGCCAGCCGACUGCUGCUACUCGCGAAGAAAUGUCGAACGCCCGCCUCCCCAUUGCCUACAGAGACAGCUGCGCACAUCUGCUUAUACCGCUAAACCGGUGUCGGACGCAGGAAUACUACUUGCCAUGGAAAUGCGAGGACGAGAGACAUUCAUACGAGAAAUGCCAAUACGAGGAAUUUAAGAAGCGGGUCGCGAAGAUGGACGAACUCCGGGCAGCCAAAGGAGGAGCGAGAAGCAACUGA